GUGUAGCGUGCGGUACAGCGACUACUAUUUUCGUUUUUAUUACCUUUUCAUCGGCUCGAAAAUACUUUAAGUGUGUUUUCCUAUGAUAGCUUUUAAGCAUUGCGUUUUGUUGUGGUAGCUUUAAGGCAGAUUGUUUAUCUGUUAGACCACAUGAGUCACGUGUCAUCAUGGUGUAGGAUAUUUUGGCCCCUUCCUGACCAAGCAGCAAAAACGCCGGACUACAAUACAUCGAUCAAUAACAGUAGAUAUACGGAAUACGGCUGGGAGGGGUGAUUUUUUUUGGGCACCCGAAAAGGAAAAAAAAAAAAAGCAAACGGAAACCCCGGAAGAGUUUUGGUCGUCCAACAGAUGACAGGCAAGUUGAAAGGUCAUCAAACCGGAAAAUCAACACAGGCGAAGAAAGUGUCCCUUUGCGCAAAAGGAGGAGGAAAGAGGCUCGGCUCGGCUCGGCCCGGCGCGGCGCGGCGCAGCUCGGUUCGGCUCGGCUCAUCCCGCCCAGCCCGGGAGAUGCUGUCCGUCAUCUGUUUGCUCCUUCUGCUGCUGGCGGUGAGCCUCCGCGGCUCCUCGCCGGCGGACGUGCCGGACUUUGCGGCUCACUUCGGCUCCAAGACCCGAUACGAGGACUCGGCCGCCUACCGGAGGCGAGCGGAAGGCGACCUCCGGACCUCGCCGUCGUCGCCGAGGACCCCCGGCGGCGAAGGCUGCUCCCCGAUCCACCUGACCGCCGUCGUCCGCCACGGCAGCCGCUACCCGACCGUCAAAAACAUCCGCGCCAUCCGGAAGCUCAGCGACUUGAUCGGCUCGAGCCGUGGCGCCGGGGCGGCGGCGGCACGAGAGGGCGACGCGGCCAGGAGGCGGGACGUCCUGCGCCGCUGGAACAUGUGGUAUACCGACGACAUGGACGGUCAGCUGGCGGCCAAAGGGAGAGAGGACCUGCGGCGGCUGGCGAGCCGCCUGGCCGAGGCCUUCCCCACCUUGCUGGGCGAGGACUCGGUGCGCGGGGGCCGCGUGCGCGUGCUGACCAGCUCCAAGCGCCGAUGCGUCGCCAGCGCCGAAGCCUUCCAGGAAGGACUGCACCAAAGAGCCGACGUCACACCCGUCAGCUACCGCCAGCGAGUGGACGACGGGUUGCUACGCUUCUUCGACGACUGCCGCGGAUACGUGGAGGGCGUGGAGAAGAACCGCACGGCGCUCCUGGAGGUGCACAAAUUCAAAGACGGGCCGGAGAUGGCGGCGCUGACCCGAAAAGUGGCCCGCAAACUGGGCCUCCCCGACGGCGACUUGACGCCGGAUCUGCUGGAGGCCGCCUUCUAUCUGUGCUCCUACGAGCUGGCCGUCAAGUCGCUGCACUCGCCGUGGUGCUUCCUCUUCGAUCGCGACGAUGCCAAAGUUCUGGAGUACAAGUGCGACCUGAAACUGUUCUGGAAGCGGGCGCACGGGCACGCCAUCAACCUGCUGGCCAGCUGCCCGCUCUUCCAUCACGUCUUCCGUACGCUGGACAAGGCGGGCCGGCCGCGCAGGUCGACGGAGCCGGCGCCGGAGCCCGCCUCCGUCCUGGUGGGCCACGCCGAGACGCUCCUGCCGUUGCUGGGCCUGCUGGGCCUCUAUAAGGACGAGACUCCGCCCACCGCCGACAAUUUCCGCACGCAGCACGGCCGACUAUUCCGCUCCAGCCUGCUGGUGCCGUACGCGGCUAACGUGGUUCUGGUUCUGCUUGACUGCGCGCGAGGCCCCCGCCUGCAGCUGCUGGUCAACGAGGCGCCCGUUCGAUUCCCGGGCCUGCCGGACGAGGACGCGCCGCUCUAUCGCGACGUGCGCGCGGCCUACCGCCACCUGCUGGACGGCUGCGACUUCCGCAAGGAGUGCGAGGGCGCCGCCGCCGGGCGCCCGCCCAACACCGAGCUCUGAUCAGAGUACGACGGCCAGAAAUCUUUCCUUCUGAUCGGCCGGAUUUUUGGGCCGGGGUGACUAUCAACUUUGCCCGAUGUGAAGUUUUCGCCAGCGUUGCUCCGGUACGGUUUUUUUUUUUGUUGACGACCGGCUGUGCGGUUUCGGCCGAUACUGUACCGAUACCUUUUUUGAAGAUAAAAAAAGUGCAUUUUUUCCAUCCUUUGCACUGUAAACUACAACAUAUCGGACAGCUUAAAUGAUUGGCUGCCAUCGAUGGCGCUAGACAUCCGAUCCAUUUGUAUUGGGAGGGCCGGUCGCAAACGGCCGUUUCGGCGGCCGCCUCGGGUGGCGCGACCGGCGAUGGGAAACUAGAUCUCAAAGAGUACACGUUACGCUGCAUCGGCCUACUCUGUACUGCCCUCGGUAUACGAACGCUGGAUACUACUCGGCAGUUAGAUAACUCUUUAGUGACAUCACGACUCUGAAGACAGCUGUCCAUUGUCCACAGGUUUAUUGACAUCGUGUAAAGAGUAAAACGACGAUGCUAUCAAAAGCAUAAGAUGGUUGCAGAUUCAACUAGAUUGACAGAGGAAGUAUAACUAUUCUCGGAAUGUCCCUGUACUGAUGACGUCAUUUAUUUAUUUUUUAAAUUUUAUUCACAACAAAUAUACAACAAUGGGGUGAACAAUUCACAUACAGUUAAGAAAAUGACCCAAAAAAGGGCCAUGUUUUUUUCCCCAACACAAACUAUUGUUUGCAAAGUCUCUUGGGGUUUAAGUUUGUGUAAAGAACCUUUUUCCAAAAACACGAACAUUUUGUCUUUGACAUAUUUUACACAAUGCAUGUGGAAUUUUGCCAAAGUGAGGUUUUAUCACACAUCUAUUUCUAGUUCUUCAAGGUUGGCUAGGCCAAACAAAUACGUCGAAAAACUUCAAUGACGGCUUAACUUUGGAAUUGAUCAAAUUGUUCAGGUCUGACAUGAUUUUUAGUGCCUUUGCCGGUCCACGUUUGAGCACAUUUCUCGUCGAAGGAAUCGUGUCUAUGUGUGCUUGCAGGAAUGACUGACAGCUCAUUUGAAAUAAAUCCUCCAUUUGUUGUUU